UAGUGGUGCUAGAUUUGAUUUCGAUGAUUAUAACGAAAAUCACAUCUUCAAUAAAUUUGAAGAUCAGUUUGAAUCUUUUAAGAAAAUUAAAGGUUGCGGGUUCGAAAUUGAUUAUAAUACAGAAUUCAAGGGAACUUUGUUUAGGUUGCCGCUUAGACAAAAUGGAAUAGAAAGUUCUAUUUCGGAUAAUGUAGAUAAUAUUGACAAUAUUCUCAAAUUAUUAAACAUGAUAAAGAAAGAAGCAAUGUCAGAAUUGAUUUUUCUACGCAAUGUAAAAUCUUUCGAAGUAUUUAGAAAAGCUAGCAAGGAAAGUAAUCCAACGCUCUUAUGGAAAGUUGAAAUCACAAAUAAUAGUGAAAUUCGUAAAUUAUAUGGAAAAGAGUCGCAAGUAUUUAAGCUUGAUGUUCAAUUUUCUGAUAAAACGAGAUUGUUCAGUUUUACAGAAAGGAAACCGAGAACAUGGCUCAUAAGUUCAGGAAAAAAUGAUUUUUCACUAAAUAGACUAGGCACAUGGGGUGGAGUAGCUAUAUUGGUUCCUGAGAGGCCCGAAAUUCCAAUGACAUUAAGCGAAACUAUACAAAAUGGAAAAUUUUAUUCGUACCUUUCACUUUCUAUUCCCUCAGGAUUAUCAGUAAAUUUGCAUGCAAGUGGUUGGGCACUUUCAUCUGAUCGGAGAAGUAUUGUGUUUGACGGUGAUAAUCAAACAUGUAUUAAGAAUGAUGCAAAAACAACUCAAAAUAAGAAUAUCUUGGACAAAAUUCUUCCUAAACUUCAUGUAAAACUUUUUGAAGAAUAUUUAAAAUUAGAAGCAACUUAUAGAGCUAGGUUGCAAAAAAACUCUGAUUUUCAAGGUAUUCUCCGAUUAUGGCCAAUUCCCGCAAAUAAAAAUGCAGAAAUUACAACAUACGGAGUAAGGGUAAUUCAACUCGCAGCCGAAGGAGAUUCUAAAAUCUUUUGGUCACCACUUAACGGUGGUACAUACGUUAAUUUCAAGCAGUCUGUCUUUUUAACUAAAAAAACACCUCCAACUGAAGUACAUCCGGCGAUUAUUAACUUACUUCAUGAUCAAGAACGUCCUACAGUUUUGUUAGAUGAUAAAAACUUAGAAGAAUUACAAAGUCUUAAUCCUCAAAAAGCUGAUUCUCCAUUUAUUAGAAGCGUUUUGAAAAAUAAUGAAUUCUUAUCAAAUAUUCGAGAAGAAUAUCUUUUUGUCUUACUGAGAUAUAUCCUUGAGGAUAAAAAAUAUGAUGAUCUCGAAGAUAUUCCUUUGGUUCCACUAUUUAACAAUCAAUUCGGAAAAUUUGACAAAACUAAAACAUAUUACAUUGCUUCAAAAGAAGAAUUUAAAAUGUUUCAUAAAACUGGACCACGUUAUUUUAUUCCGAAAGAAUUACUUAAAGCACAAAAAUUGUUACCAAUUUUUAGCGAUGAAGAUUUUC